CGUCAUCAUGCUAUUUCCUCAUUACGCAUUCCUUUUUGCCGUUCUAAGUUUUCGAGCGAUGUCUCAGUUAUGUCCACCGGCUAACCUCUUAUGCCGCAUGCCGUGUCUACGCCUCUAAACGUCACAAGUACAUACCAAACCUACGGUCCUCCCUGACCCCCGUCACUCUUUUAAAAACUUGUUCACUCCUUUUCCAAUGGCUAUGGCUGUUCCCACCCGCUCCUUGUUUGCUUUAAUUCGAACCAUUGCGCUGUUCGAUCUUUCGUACUUUCGUUUGGCGUGGUAUAGUACUCGCAUCUUGGCUCAUCGGUCCUUCUUGGAAUGUUUCGCCUUUUCUGACAUUAGUCGAGAGCUUCCCCACGCGCGCUUCUUCGGCCCCGCUGUGCGUUUUAGCGAUGCCCGAUCUCCUUCGCUCGGUUAUCUUGGUUUUUUGGACUCCCUUCUGUCCGACAUUCUGCUACCGAAGGCUCGCCUGUGGUCGAGACCUUCAUGCGCUUUUACUCGGGCUUCUCACGACACUAUUCCCGUCCUCCGUUGCUGGCCCAUUUCGUCCCACCUCGCAUUGAGCCGGGUUUGCGCUGUCUAGGCAACGUAUGUGUCGUACACGGCGCACAUGGUUGCGCAUCCUACUUCUAUAUUCCC